AUGCUCUGGUCUUCCUGCGUUGCUCUCUCCUUCGGCUUGAGUGUGAAUGCUGCAAUUUCAGUAUCGGCACAACAGACUUCAUCGCCUGUGAUUGGGAUCUUGAGUCAACCCAUCGGUCUCAGGAAGACGGAUCAAAACACGGAACAGAAGGAAGAAUAUGUAAUUGCUGCAAGCUAUGUGAAGUGGCUGGAAUCUGGUGGGGCUCGCAGUAUCCCGAUUCCUUAUGACGCUGGUCCAGGCAUGGUGAAGGAUCUGUUUGGUCAGAUCAAUGGACUGCUAUUGCCAGGAGGAGGCUCUGCUGUACCUCCCGCUGUCCACCAGUUGUUGAAUCUUGCGCUGGACGAGUCUUUUCCCGUCUGGGGUACCUGUCUCGGUUUUGAAUACUUGGUACAAGUCCUAUCAUCCAAUUCCUCUCUGCCGGUUCUCACGGAUGGAUUUGAUGCCGAAAACAAUAGUUGGCCACUUUUGAAUGUUCAACGGCGGCAGCUCUAUCAAGAUGACAGAAUCUAUCAGAUUGUCAGACAGAAAAAUGUUACUUCCAACUCCCACCAUAUGGGAGUGGAACCAAGUGCAUUUCGGAACAAUGAAAAUCUGAACAAACUCUUUGAAGUGACAUCUGUGAAUGUGGAUGGCCAUGGUCGACCUUUUGUAUCGACGAUUGAACCCAGAAAUCCUCAUAUCAUGCCAAUUUAUGGUGUACAGUACCACCCAGAAAAGAAUGCUUUUGAGUAUGGCACAUAUGCUGGAACCAAUAUUCCGUACAAGGCCAUUGAUCACUCGGAAGAAGCAGUAGAGUUCUCGGCUUAUGUGGCACGAUUCUUUGUCCGGUUGGUCAAAGCUCACAAUGACAAUAAUCAUGAUGGCAGCAGCGUUCAUCGACAUCACUCCUACACCAAACACAGGCAAUACCCCUUGGUGCAAACCUAUCCCGUCAAACAAAUGCUGGCAUUCGAACAGUACUACGUCAUACCAUCGGCGAAACAACUGGACAAAACGAUAAAGCAAUCUGCAUCGAAGCUAUUGCGGGGUUGA